AUGGGACUCCGUUCUUCCAUAAUACUGCUUCCAGUUGCUGUGUUGCUUUCUCUUGUUGGCUCAUCUUUUGCUACAAAUUCAGUUCACAACACUUUUGUUCACUGCCUUCUCAACCAUUCUGAGCCCUCUCACCCUAUAGCUGCAGCAAUUUUCUCACAGAACAGUUCCUCCUUCUCUUCAGUUUUGCAAGGCCACAUUAGAAACCUUCGUUUCAACACCUCCACAACCCCCAAGCCAUUCCUCAUCGUCACCCCAUUUCAUGAAUCCCAUGUGCAAACAACCGUUGUUUGUGCCAAAAGGUACAACUUCUUGAUGAAAAUUCGCAGUGGUGGCCAUGACUAUGAAGGGGCGUCUUAUGUGGCUUCACAGCCAUUCUUCCUAAUGGACAUGUUCAAUCUUCGAUCUAUUGAGAUUGACAUGGAAUCUGAGACCGCUUGGGUCCAAGCUGGUGCAACACUUGGCGAACUUUACUAUAGAAUUGCCGAGAAGAGUAAAACUCAUGGUUUCCCAGCAGGGGUUUGUCCCACUGUUGGGGUGGGAGGUCACAUUAGUGGUGGUGGCUAUGGAAAUCUCAUGAGAAAAUAUGGCACUUCGGUGGACAAUGUUGUUGAUGCACAAAUAGUGGAUGCUCAGGGUAGAUUGCUUGAUAGAAGAACUAUGGGUGAAGAUCUCUUCUGGGCAGUUAGAGGUGGUGGUGGAGGUAGCUUUGGUGUGAUACUUGCCUACAAAAUAAAUUUAGUUAGAGUUCCUGAGAAGGUAACUGUUUUCCAAGUAGGCAGAACUUUGGAGCAAAAUGGCACUGACAUAGUUUACAAGUGGCAGCACGUUGCGCCUACCAUUGACAAUAACCUUUUCAUUAGGCUCAUACUGGGGGUGGUGGACGGUACACAAGUUGCAAAAAAGACUGUGAGAGCUAACUUCAUAGCCCUCUUCCUUGGUGACUCCGAAAGCCUAGUUUCUCUCAUGAAGGACAAGUUUCCUCAAUUGGGAUUGAAGCAAUCAGACUACAUUGAAACAAGCUGGCUGCAAUCUGUGAUGUUUUGGGACAACAUAGACAUUACAACCCCGGUUGAGAUUUUGCUGGAGAGACAACCUCAGUCCAUGAAGUACUUGAAAAGGAAAUCUGACUAUGUGAAGAAGCCAAUUUCCAAGGAGGGUUGGGAGGGGAUUUGGAAGAAGAUGAUUGAAUUGGAGAAAUCAGUGAUGUAUUUCAAUCCUUAUGGUGGAAGAAUGGCUGAGAUUCCAUCAACAGAAACUCCUUUCCCUCACAGAUCUGGGAACCUGUGGAAGAUCCAAUACCAGGCAAAUUGGUACGAGGCAGGGGAAGAGGUAGCACAGUACCACAUGAACUUGCUUAAAGAACUUCACAAAUACAUGACACCCUUUGUCUCCCAAAACCCAAGACAAACUUUCAUGUGUUACAAGGACUUGGAUUUGGGCAUCAACCACCACGGUUUUCUUGGCUACUUCAAAGGAAGGGCUUACGGAGUCCAAUAUUUCACGCAUAACUUCAAAAGGUUGGUUGAAAUAAAGAGCAAGGUUGAUCCUACCAAUUUCUUCAGGACUGAACAAAGCAUUCCGGUACUCAGCUAUGUGGAGUUUAGAAAAUUGAUUACUGAAAAAUCGGUUCUUUCUCUUUUGUUCGGGUUGUUCGCACUACAUUGGUUUCGGAAUCUCAAGUAA